GUCGUCUUUUCAUUACAGAGAUUAGCCAUUGUAGUUAACCAAGAGUCGUGCAUGUAUGCCGUAUGCAUGCAUGCAUGAAUUCAUAAAUCCGGCCGCCCGUUGAGACAUUAAACCUGAUCGAGCACAUAUUGUUAUCGUCGUAGGUUAAUCAAUUCCCUUCCGAUCCGCUGCCAUUAAUUAAUCUUCCUACAACCUUAAAACUUUUGGAGUCCAAUUAAGGUAGUGGGGGAGAUUAAUAUAAUGGCGGUGGUGGAGCGGCGGAAACUCAAUGGCGGGGCGGGGACGCUAUGUUUUCCGGCGUGGGUGCCGGUGCCGGCGGUGUUAUUGUUAGUGGUGCUGGUGGGAGGGGGUAUAAGAGGAGCGGAGGGGUUCGUCGGAAUAUAUUGGGGCAGAUACGCGACACAGAGUUUGGUGCCGUCGGUGGUGGUGGACUUGCUGCAACAGAACGGGUUGACUGAGAUAAGACUGUCCGCUCCGUCGGUCAACGUCAUGGAGGCCCUCCAGAGCUCCUCCUUGGGCGUAACCGUCGCCAUCCAAAGCGAUUUCAUCCGACGGAUGAAAUGGAACAAUAUCAGAACCAUCGAUGAUUGGGUGGCCGAACUUCUUGUCGUCCCUGUUAAGAGGGGCGUCAACAUCAAGACGCUGGUGAUUCUGGAAGAACCGUAUAUGUCGGCGGGAGGCAGAAUACCGAUAACCAAUGCAACAGACGUAUUUAAGGAAGCAGUGGCCAGCCUACAAAACCACGGCCUGUCCCACGUUAGGACAACAACCAUACAAUCCCCGGACAUCUUGAAAAUCGUCAAAAAGCCGUCGGAAUCCGACUUCCGGGACGAGUACAAGACCAAGAUGCUCGAAUACCUGAGCCUGUACAACAGAACCCACAACUCCUUUUACAUGUACAACCUCUACCCCCUCACCUCUCUCGUCGACAACAACUGGCCCCUCGAGUUCGCCUUCAUGGACAACAACUCCUCCUUCUCCGUCGUCGACGGCCCAUACACCUACACCAACAUCUUCGAGUUCUUGUUCGACGCCCUCGUCGUCGCCGUCGAGAAGGCCGGGUUCCCCGACAUGGAGAUCGUUGUCGGGGAGAUCGGCUGGCCCACCGACGGCGGCCAAUACGCCACCCCGGAGAACGCGGAGAGGUUCCACCGCGGCUUUCUGAAGCACAUCGUGCAGAAGAAGGGCACCCCUCGCCGGCCCAACAUGAACAUCGAUGUCUUCCUCGGCACCUUGCUUGAUGAGAACAAAUUCCCGCUUUUGUUGGGGGCUUAUCGGCGCCACCGGGGAAUUUACAAUUUCGACGGAGUGCCCAAGUUCAAGAUUGACUUCUCCGGCCAAGGACGCGACAUCUACCCAUCCACGGCCAAAGGGAUUGUGAAAAUGCCAUCACGGUGGUGCAUAUUCAACGGAGACAUGAGCAACGCCACAAAGGUGGAGGAGCAGAUGCAGUUUGCAUGUGCCACAUCAGACUGCACGCCGUUGUACUCUCAUUCCACGUGCAGCAACCUCAACCACACCUGGAACGUCUCCUACGCCUUUAACGUCUAUUACCAGUCCAACAACCAGGAGCUCGACAAUGGCGCCUGUGACUUCUCCGGCCUCGGCGUCCUCACGCCCUUUGAUCCCUCCACCGGAACUUGCCAGUUCCCCGUCGAGAUUUUGACCGCUGAAAAGGUCGACGGCGGUAUUCAACUCCUCAACUAUGUUGGCUAUGGCAGUGGUCCCCGAGGCACCACAUAUUCUAUUGCUCUCUCAUUCUUUGUUAUUUUCCUCUCUAUGCUAUUACUGUGAAAUAGGGAAAUUUCAAGAACUAGGAGUAGAAAAUGUCAAAGUUUAAAAUAGGAGUAUCAUACUAAUUUUGAUGCAUAUUAGUGUGAUAAAUUAUUACCAAAUAUUAAUACCGUAAUGUUGAUGUCAUAUUACUCCUAUAUAAACAUUUUUGAUUUUGAUCUAAAAGAA